AUGGAUACGGAUGCUAAGGAUGCUACUAAUGGCUGUAAAACUGAGAAGUCGGAGACCACAGACUCUCAAAGAGUUGAGGAAAAUGUUAAUGGAGAUGAAGAUAGUGAGUCUAAUUCUUUGUUGCCGCCUCGGAGAGGCGGUAUGUCAAGGAAAACGAAUAAAACCCGACGAAAAGUGCAGUGGAAUGAUAAGAAUGGGAAUAAGCUUGUUGAGGUGUUGGAAUUCGAACCAAGGGUAGAAGUUUGGUCUAAGGAGAUUGAAGGAAUUUAUCAAGCCUUCUUGGGAAAUGUUAGAGUGAAAACUGAAAAGCAAAGGACUAACCAGUUAACUCUUUAUAACCAUGGCUCCCAAUAA